AUGGACGGCAGACUUUACAGCCUGGGACCAUGGACUCCCUCUGACUCCGAGCAACCUCGUAGUGUGGGGGAUGGGGCCGGGAUUCGGGGAGGGAGGGAAUAUUCAUAUUCUGAUCACGGGGAAAGUUUCCACUCUGAAUUGAGUCUUCCUGGACAUCAGAGGUCCCACAAGGGUGGGAAGCUGUAUUCCUGCCCUGAGUGCGGGAAAUGUUUUUCACAGAAGCACCUUGUUUCCCGGCACCUGAGGCUACACACGGGUGAGAAACCGUAUUCCUGCCCAGAGUGUGGGAAAUGUUACAGACACAAAUCGGUUCUUGUUAUACAUCAGCGAUCUCACACGGGGGAAAAGCCAUACGCCUGCCUAGAGUGCGGGAAAUGUUUUUCAAGGAAAACGGAACUUGUUAAACAUCAUAGGUCCCACACGGGGGAGAAGCCGUAUACCUGCCCUGAGUGCGGGAAAUGUUACACGCAGAAAUCGGUGCUUGUUAUACACCUAAGAUCUCACACGGGGGAGAAGCCGUAUUCCUGUCCCGAGUGUGGGGAAUGUUUUUCACAGAAGUCAGAACUUGUUAAACAUCAAAUAUCUCACACGGGGGAGAAGCCGUUUUCUUGCCCUGACUGCGGGAAAUGUUAUACGCACAAAUCGGUUCUUAUCAUUCAUCAGAGAUCUCACACGGGGGAGAAGCCGUAUUCCUGCCCCGAGUGUGGGAAAUGUUUUUCGCAGAAAUCAAACCUUGUUAAACAUCAACGGUAUCACACGGGGGAGAAGCUGUAUUCCUGCCCCGAGUGCGGGAAAUGUUUUUCGGAGCAGUGCAGGCUUGCCAGGCAUAGGAGCUCUCACACUGGCGAGAAGCCGUACGCCUGCCCAGUGUGUGAGAAAUGUUAUAUAAACAAAUCAGACCUUGUUAUACAUCUAAGGUCUCAUACAGGGGAGAAGCCGUACUCCUGCCCUGAGUGCGGGAAAUGUUAUUCAGAGAGUUCCAGUCUCUCCAAACAUCGGAGAUCUCACAGUGGCGAAAAGCCGUAUGCCUGUCUACUGUGCGGGAAAUGUUAUAUGCAUAAAACAAACCUUGAUGUACAUCAGAGAUCUCACACAGUCCUGAAUGGGGGGGAAGGUUUUUGCUCUGGAUUAAGUCUUUCUGUACAUCAGAGAUCUCGCACUAGUGAAAAGCUUUAUUCUUGCCCUGAGUGUGGGAAAUGUUUUUCACAGAAGUCCCAUCUUUCCAGACAUCUCCGAAUACAUACAGGUGAGAAACCAUAUUCCUGCUCUGAGUGUGGGAAAUAUUUUUCACAGAAGUCCAGUCUUUCCAAGCAUCAAAUGUCUCACACUGGCGAGAAGCCGCAUGCAUGUCCAGAGUGCGGGAAAUGUUAUAAACAUAAAAACGACCUUGUUAAACAUCAAAGAUCUCACACAGGGGAGAGGCCAUAUUCCUGCCCUGAGUGCGGGAAAUGCUUUUCGGAGAGCUCCAUUCUUUCCAAACAUCGGCGAUCUCACACUGGUGAGAAGCCGUAUGCCUGUCCAGAGUGCGGGAAAUGUUAUAUGCAUAAAAUGAACCUUGUUAAACAUCAAAGAUGUCACACGGGGGAGAAACUGUUUUCCUGUACUGAGUGCGGGAAAUGUUUUUCAGAGAAGUUCAGUCUUUCCAGACAUCAGAGAUCUCACACAGGGGAGAAACAUCACAGAUUACACACAGGUGAGAAACCAUAUUCCUGCUCUGAGUGCGGGAAAUGUUUUUCACAAAAGUUCCAUCUCUACACACAUCAGAAGUCUCACACAGGCGAGAAGCCGUAUUCCUGUCCCGAGUGCGGGAAAUGUUUUACACAGAAGUCGGUACUUGUUAUACAUCAGAGAUCUCACACGGGUGAGAAGCCGUAUUCUUGCCCUGAGUGCGGGAAAUGUUGUUCAAAUAAAUCAGACCUUGUUAAGCAUCAAAGAUCUCACACGGGGGAGAAGCUGUAUUCCUGCCCUGAGUGCGGGAAAUGCUUUUCAGAGAGGUCCAGUCUUUCCAGACAUCAGAGAUCUCACACUGGCGAGAAGCCACAUGCCUGUCCAGAGUGCGGGAAAUGUUAUAUGCAUAAAACAGACCUUGUUAAACAUCAACGUUCUCACACGGGAGAGAAGCCGUAUUCCUGCCCUGAGUGCGGGAAAUGUUUUUCAGGGAAGUUUAGUCUUUCUAGACAUCAGAGAUCUCACAAUGGCGAGAAACCGUAUGUCUGUUCAGAGUGCGGGAAAUGUUUUGCACGAAAAUCAGAACUUGUUAAACAUCAAAGAUAUCACACAGGAGAGAAGCCAUAUUCUUGCCCUGAGUGCGAGAAAUGUUUUUCCGAGAAUUCCCAUCUUUACAGACAUCAGAGACUGCACACGGGAGAAAAGCCGUAUUUGUGCUCUGAGUGCGGGAAAUGUUUUGCAGAGAAGACCUCUCUUUCCAGACAUCAGAGGAAGCCGUAUUCCUGUCCCGAGUGCGGGAAAUGUUUUUUUUCAGAAGUCCUCUCUUCUUGUACACCAGAGAUCACACACAGGUGA